UGGCGGAAGCCUGCUAACCAGAACGGAUCAUUCCAAGAAUCUUUGAACUUGAAGGCACCAUUGACAUCCCAAUGAAGAUAUAAACAUGUACGGGAAUUUUCCACACUUCAUUAAGUUUCCUACAGGCUUUGGGAAUUCCCCAAUUCACAGCGAUUCUGCACCGGGAAACCUGGCCAUGCCCUCCCCCACAGGGAAUUCCAGAGACAGCCAGCCGGACUGCCCCGAGGCUGCCCUGAGUGCCGCCAGGACUCUGCCCUGCAGCUCGGCUGGGCCCGGCCACCCGAUGGGCUCUCCGUACCGCGUGAUCGCCUCCAGGCACCUCAGCUCCCACUCUCUUCCUCUGCCUCUGCCGGCAGGCGUGAAUUUUGCCGUACAAACCAGCCCCCAGAUUGAGAUCCUGAAUGCCGUGAGCAGCUCGGAGGAUGUCAAGCCUCUGCCAAGCCUGCAGGGGGCGGGACCCAUGAAUUACGUGCCCACCAGCCCGGGAGCCUUGACCAAGCACACCUGCGCUAUCUGUGGGGACAGGUCAUCAGGGAAGCACUACGGCGUGUACAGCUGCGAGGGCUGCAAGGGCUUCUUCAAGCGCACGAUCCGGAAGGACCUGCUCUACACCUGCCGCGACAACAAGGCCUGCCUGAUCGACAAGCGCCAGCGGAACCGCUGCCAGUACUGCCGCUACCAGAAGUGCCUGGCGAUGGGCAUGAAGAGGGAAGCGGUUCAGGAGGAGAGGCAGAGAAGCAGAGACCGGAGCGAGAAUGAACCCGAGUCUGCGAGCAGCAGUGGCGGCGGCGGCGAAGACAUGUCUGUGGAGAGGAUUCUGGAGGCUGAAAUGGCUGUCGAACCCAAAACGGACCCGUAUGGCGGCACCACUGCGGACUCGACGAGUGAUCCCGUCACCAAUAUAUGCCACGCGGCUGAUAAGCAGCUUUUCACACUGGUGGAGUGGGCCAAGCGGAUUCCACACUUCUCGGACUUAACACUGGAAGACCAGGUUAUCCUCCUCCGAGCAGGCUGGAACGAAUUGCUGAUUGCCUCUUUUUCCCAUCGCUCAGUUUCCGUGCGGGACGGCAUCCUCUUGGCCACUGGCCUGCAUGUGCAGCGGAGCAGCGCCCACAGCGCCGGCGUGGGCUCCAUUUUCGACAGGGUCCUCACGGAGCUGGUCUCCAAAAUGAAAGAUAUGCAGAUGGACAAAUCGGAGCUGGGCUGCCUGCGAGCCAUCGUCCUGUUCAACCCAGAUGCCAAGGGCCUGUCCAGCCCGUCAGAGGUAGAGUCCCUCCGGGAGAAAGUUUACGCUGCCUUGGAGGCCUAUACCAAGCAGAAGUAUCCGGAGCAACCCGGCAGGUUCGCCAAGCUGCUGCUGCGGCUGCCUGCCCUGCGCUCCAUCGGGCUGAAGUGCCUGGAGCACCUCUUCUUCUUCAAGCUCAUCGGGGACACCCCCAUCGACACCUUCCUCAUGGAGAUGCUGGAGGCGCCCCUGCAGAUCACGUGACCGGCGGGAUGCUGGCGGGAUGCCCGGCGCAGAGGGCCUCCGCCUGGGGCACUGCUGUCCCCCUCGGCCGCGCUUUUUCCUCCUCCCGUCCUUCCGCACGGGAUAGUCCAGGGCUCUGCUGACGACUCGCUUCUGGAGGGGGGGAUUCUGCGCCGGUGCGUAAUUGUUAGUUUGCCCCCACCUGGCAGAGAAGGGGGGCGAGGCGUCCU